AUGAUAAUUAUGAUGAUAAUUGCAUGCAUCAAUGCAAUGCAGACAGAACUGGCUGCCAGAUGCCAGAAAUACGGAAUAGGCCUCAGUGACUGCCUGAACUCGGUCUACGUCCCAAAGAAAGAGUACGACGACUACCUCCAGAGCUUCAACAUGCCAAUCAUACGCGACUCAAGCUGCAACAAGGAACAGUGCGUAGCCGUUGUCUACAAGGACAUUAAUAGAUGUCUCAACUGCAAGGGGGGUGCCUGUGCUACCGAAUGUGAUGAUAUCUUGCAAAAAAAACAUCGCAAUCCAGACAGGAAUUUCCCAAUGGUCCAUGUCAUUCAUCACAAUGUAGACCAGAACACUGAAACAGACCAUGCCGACCACUUACCUAAUAACCAGCCACAUGUAUCAUAUAAGAGUAUAACGGUCGUUGAAACAAAGACUGAAACAGUUUCUGAAAAAAACACAACCACAGUAAUCGAUGAGAGCAUCACACCACAAACUGUGCCGAUCGCACAGGCUCCAAACACAUCGGCUGCAGGGCAAGACGAAGUAAAAACAAUAUUCAGAACACUCGAAAUACCAAUGCAAGAUGAGCGUCGAAACACUUCAAAACGAGAUCGAUCUACUAGCAAGAGAAACAGCCAUGCGAUAUCUGCAUCUGUGAAGUAUCCGCAGCCUGAACUUUCCUCAGAGGAAGACGAUGGCAAUACAUCUGCUCCAGAACAAGACGAAAAAGCUUCGGAGCAAUAUGACAGCCAAAGCAUCAUAACGGUCACUAGAGUAUUCUACAAGACAGUCAGUGUAGAAAAGCCAAUUACAUUGUAUAGAGAAGUCACAACAACAGUUAAGAACGAAAUUCCCAUAAUCAACUACAAGCUUACUACGAUAAGAGAGAUAACAACAGAAACCAAAACCGAAAGCAACGUCAAAACAGAGACAGUUACUCAAACGCAGUACCACUCGCCUAUAUCUACAUCUUUUGGAAUACAAAACUAUAUAGAAUCGCCUAGCAGUGCACUUCAUUCAAAAACGCCAUCCUCCAAGGACAAACCAAGCUUGUUAGGAUUAAGCCAACUCGAUCCUGAGCAUGAAACUAUAGAUGGGGUGCAGCAAUCAAUAUCUGUGUCUGAGCAGCCGAGUGUGAUUGAACAGCCCGAGAUAAUAUACACAACAAUAAUCAAGCCUAUUGUUUCGAUACUUACUGUCACAAAAAUGCAAGAAAACUCCACUUACAAUGAGAGCUGCUCAUUGCCUGUAUCAUCUGAAGACAAUUCUGCAUCAUCCUCAGCAAUAAGUGAAGAAUGCAAGAUUACCCAAGGCAUUGAGAUAAGUGCCAAGCCCGUGGAAUCUCAAAAGAGCACCAUAACAAAUAUGGGCCAUCCCAAGCCUGCAGAAAGUAUUAGUGUACCUAUUUCAAGCAUAUCUACGGAUAAAACUCCGCCCAAAGAUGAAAAACCGCAGUUUACGAAGCAAGAUGUGGUUGCCGAGCUCAUUCCUCUCAUUAGGAAAAUAAUGAUCAAUGAGGAAGAUGAAAGCAGUUCAGAUGGAGAGCUGAACAGAAUCCAUAGGCACAAAGAGAUUGUUGAGCCAGAAAAAAUAAAAACACUGAUAAAGACAGUUAUCAAGACGGUGGAGAAACGCCACGAGCCAAAAACGGUUUACAACACGGUGUAUACAUACAAAAAGAAGCCUGAAUGUAGAAAAGGCGUGGAGGGACGAAAGAGGAAGCAAUGCCAAGAAGGAUCUGGAGAUGAAAUCUUCACUACUGUUUAUGCUUAG